CGGGGACUAGCGCACGCCCCGGCUGGGCUCCCGCCGUGGGGGGAGGGGACGCCAACGGCUCCUCAGCUCCCGGCGAGCGGACAGACAAUGACUUGCUACCGAGGCUUCCUGCUGUGCAGCUGCCGUUGCGUGGUGGGGAGCCGGGCGGCCGCAACGGCGCAGCGCUGUCCGUUGAGGGGAGUUCCGGCGAAGAGCGCUGCGCCCCGGCUCGGGAGCGUUGGAGGUGGGGGCCGGCGGCAACUGGGGCACGGGCGUCACGGCCAAGCCCGCGAGCUGGAGGGCGGCAGCGGUGGCAGCGGGGGCUACCCUGCAGGCGGGUUCCGCCCGGCCCGGGUCGUGGUCGUAGCCAAGACCACUCGCUACGAGUUCGAGCAGCAGCGGUACCGCUACGCGGAGCUCUCAGAGGAUGACUUGAAGCAGCUGCUUGCACUAAAAGGAUCCAGCUACAAUGGAUUACUUGAACGGCAUCAUAUUCAUACCAGGAAUGUGGAGCAUAUUCUGGACAGUUUACGAAAGGAAGGAAUUGAAGUUCGUUUAGUGAAGAGACGAGAAUAUGAUGAAGAGACUGUACGAUGGGCAGAUGCUAUUAUAGCUGCUGGAGGUGAUGGCACAAUGCUACUGGCAGCCAGUAAGGUCUUGGACAGGUUUAAACCAGUUAUUGGAGUAAACACUGAUCCAGAACGGUCUGAGGGUCAUUUAUGUCUGCCUGUGCGAUAUACACACUCAUUUCCAGAAGCACUACAGAAGCUUUAUCGUGGUGAGUUCAGGUGGCUAUGGAGGCAGCGAAUCAGGUUAUACCUUGAAGGAACUGGAAUAAAUCCAAUUCCUGUAGAUCUCCAUGAACAACAGCUGAGUUUGGAUCAACAUAGCAAGGCUCUCAACAGUACAAGAAUCUGUGAUCAAACAAUACUCAACAUCCCUGGAGCAGGAACACAGAAAUCGGAUGGUGGGGGUUACCCAGGAAUGAGGAUUCGCAGCUCGAGAACAGUAGAAGGAGCUGAGGUUUCUGGGCCAUACCUUUUGCCAGUAAGAGCACUAAAUGAAGUCUUCAUUGGGGAAAGUCUGUCAUCCAGGGUGAACUAUAAAUCCUGCAAACCCAGUUUUACGUUUUCAAUUCAUAGGGCCUCCUACUAUGAAAUAUCAAUUGAUGAUGGUCCCUGGGAAAAACAGAAGAGUUCAGGACUCAAUUUGUGUACUGGAACAGGAUCAAAAGCCUGGUCAUAUAAUAUUAACAGGGUUGCAACACAAGCUGUAGAAGACGUUUUAAAAAUUGCUAAAGAACAAGCAAAUUUGGAUUUUCCAUUGAGUAAGGAAUUAGUUGAGAAAGUAACAAAUGAAUAUAAUGAAUCUUUAUUGUAUAGUCCGGAAGAACCAAAGAUGCUUUUCAGCAUUCGAGAACCUAUAGUAAAUCGUAUAUUCUCAAGUAGUCGUCAGCGUUGUUUCUCUUCAAAGGUAUGUGUUCGUUCUCGAUGUUGGGAUGCCUGUAUGGUUAUAGAUGGAGGAACUUCCUUUGAGUUUAAUGAUGGAGCAAUAGCUUCAAUAAUGGUCAAUAGAGAUGAUGAACUUCGAACUGUGCUGCUAGAGCAAUGAAGGACUUACUCAGUGGACAAUAAAUUCUGAUCACCCCCAAGAAAAAUACUUUAAUUGCAGAAACAGACUGCGUUGUCAUAGCACUGCAUUUAAAAAAAAAAAAAAUUGUUGAUGGCUGUUCCUUAUAAUUUGGAACAAAGCCAGCUCUGAAAUUUGGGAGGUCUUGAGAGAACUUCUAUGUUGAGAAAAAAGUAUUUAUUGCCUAAGAAAACUGAUGGACUAAAAUUACAUGGAGAUCUUAAAAUUCGUGCCAGCUAUUUAACCUACAGAUGUUUUUUUAAGUGGCAAUACUUUUAAAGAGGUAGGUUCAAAUAAAAGAUUAAAUGUAUAGGGUGUGAUUUAACUAUAAUAGGGUCCCUUCACCUCUUCCCUCAUCCCCAACUCCUUCCAAUAGUAUUUGAGGAUUGUUCAAACCAAACUUACUUGUAACUCAUGAUUUUUUUUUUUUAACAGAAAAGCAACUUGAAUGUUCAGAUUUAUUGUUCUGAUGAUGAUUAUAGAUAAUUUUUAUAAAUCCUGACAUUGACCUAUUUGAAAUAGGUGAAUGUUUUUUAUAUAUAUACUUUUAAGAAUUUUAUAAUUUCAGAACAUAGUGAUGAUAAUGCCUUAUUUUUUCAUCUUCAGUGAUUUAAGGCCAAUGUGAAAUUUAAACCUAUUUCCUUUUCUGCCCCAUGUUUCCUCUCAUCUUUUAAAAACUUUACAUGAACCUUUCAUUUAUUAUUUGAUUUGGGUUAUACUGUUCACUUGUGAUUGAAAUGCAUUUAUCUGAAAAAAAAUCAUGCUGCUAUAACAAAGCAAACUUUAUAACUUCUCAAGAAUUAUCUUGAUAAUGAAUCAGAUUUUAAAAUGUGAUCAUUGAUAAUCCUUCCAUUUUUACAAUUUGAUGAUGAUGAUGAUGAUGUGAUAAUAAAAUGAAGCUUAUAUCUGCAUAAUUUGAAUUUACUUUAACCUUAAGAAAAACCAUUUACUGUUUGAAUCUACUGUUGGGCAUGGUAUCUGAAAAAAAGUCAACAUAAAAAUGAGUGAAACAUUUGUAUUCAUUCUCUUUUGAAUGCCUUGGCUAUAAUUUUAUUUUCUUAAGUUUUCAUCUAAUUUGCUUCAAGCUUUACAUACCUGUGUUGAUGAGUUCUGUUAUAAUUUUACCUCCUUUUCCCCUCAUGUUAUGAAUUAGAUGAAAAUUUAUGAAUAAAAAUGCAAACUACUUUUUAAUUUUCACCUUAUUAGCAAGUCGUAUUCUUCCAGUACUCCCACUAUUAUUAACAUAUUAUUCAUGUGGGAAAAGUUUCAAUAAAAACUUUUUUGUAGCAAUUAGAAGUAAAAUAAUUUGUGAAUAAAAAUAGUAAUUAAAAAUACAAGUGAACUAAAAUGUUUUUCUAUGCAAUGCAAUGCAUGUUUUUACUCACCAAGUUAGAGGGAGGCAAAGUUUUGUACUAUCUAACAGUGAGAAUAACAAAAUUAAGAUAGCAUGUCUGUAUUAGGUGAGUAAUGUCAAUUUUAUUUUGCUGCUCUUUUUCAUCUAAGGAAAAAAACCCAAACACUUUUAGGACUAGACCUGAUUUGUUUAAAGAAUUCAAGCCUUUAGUUUCUAUUCUACUUAAAUUGUUUUUAUAAAUGCCUAACUUAAUAUUUUGUCCUGUAAAGUUUCCCUUGACAAUUUAAAGUUUCCAUUAUGAGCUUAAGAUGGCUUUUUGGAGAAAAUAUCAAUUUCUAGUAGCUCAAGAAAAUCUGAUCUGCUUGAAAAGUGGUAAAAAUGGACUUGCUUGUAUAUGGGUAGGAAGUAGUCAGUGUAAAAGAUGUGCUUUGGUAAGAUUAUCUUCAGUGAUUUAUAUGCGGCAGGAGAGAGGUAGUAUAGGGAGGGAACAGGAAGAUAAAAUAACUAAAAUUUGUCUGUUUAAUAUGAAAGUAGCAAUUUGAACAUUAUGAAAAACUAAAUUUGAAUAAAAUUAACUUAAUGAUCUAGAUAUAAUAAAGGAUUAUUCAGCCCCUCUUAAAAGACUAAAAGAUUUUGUUAAUUUAUAUUUAAAAUUUUGAAACAAGCAUUUGGCCCAAGUAGAAAUGAUUGGUUCUGUCAUGUAAGCAUUUCUUCACACAGAAAUAGCUUGGUGAUUUAAUUUUUACAAAGUUGUAUAUAUUAUUCAAUUUACUACCAUUUUUAUCACCUGUCAAACAAAAAUGUAAAGUUUAAUAACUUCAUAUUACUUUAAUCACACAUUUCUCUGUACUAGUAUAUUAAGGGUAUCGUGGUAGCCAAGACAUGAUCUUAAGAAUAUCUUAGAAAAUAUCUUUUCUUCCAUCAAUGCAGUCACCUAACCUUCUGUUCAAAAUACUAUAUAUUAAUAUUGGGUUCCUUCUGCUCAUUUUAUAAUAAUUAACAAAUGCAUUAAUUGAAAGAAUAGUAGAAAAAAGUGAGUCGUGUGUGUGUGUGUGUACAUACAUACAUACAUUUGUACUUACAUAUAAUUAUGUAUACAUAAAACAAGGGUCCUAUAAAGUGAGAAGACUUUUUUCUUUUUUAGCUUUUUUAAGGAAGGUAAGACAAAACAACUUUAAAAAUGCAUCUUUAUAAACAGCUAGCUUAAAAUGUCAAAUGGACAUUUUUACUGACACUAAUAAAAGGGUAUUAGAGAAAAGAACAUUUCCUUAAAAAUGCCUUGGAAAUUUAUAUUUUAGUAAAUGCUUAAGUUCUAACUCCAUAUUUGAAAAUUGAAAACUUGGGAGAAAAAAAAUCUCAUGACAUACUUUUUCACAUAUACAUUGAUAUAUAGAAAAAUAAUAUAUCUGAAGUUGUCCCUUUUUCAUAUCAUUAGAUUGUAAGCUCUUUAAGAGCAGGGAAUUAUGUCUUCUGCUUUUAAUGUGACACAGUGAAUAAUCACAUAUUGAUUUAGUUUGCCAGUGCAGAAACUAUCAGUCUGGGCACAUGAUUUUGCCAAAGUGAAAUUAUAUCCUUUGCUUUUAUGGAGGGUGGUGGGGAGAAGACUAUGGAAUGUUGGUAAUUGUGUGUAUUAAAUAUAAAAUGAUAUAGUA